AGCCGGAUCUCUUUCGGUUGUUCAGUCGCGCUCUGAUCGGAAAGAUGGAUGGAAGGAAGACGAUGGGGUUAAAGAGUCUUAUCACUUGUGCGGCGAUUGCCGGAUUGGCGGUCGUGCAAACGCUGCCCAGCACUGAGCCCGGAAAGCCACGAGUGCAGGAGGAAAUCUUUGGUUUUCCGGCCGAUGAACAGAUCAGCUACUAUCUACAGAAUGCACGGAAUCGUACACCGAUCUUUGUGCCCGGUAAAUGCGCGGACAAUGAAAUACUUUAUCCCGGUGAUCACGAAUCGGACUGGGUAUGCGAUUGUCGACCAGGACACGUAUACUACCCCCAGAUGAACAAAUGUUACCCUCUGUUUAUGCAAGGUUUUUGCAAACCCGGCGAGUAUGUCGAUGUAAUGCGACCGUCAAUGAUAGUGAACUGCACGACGAAUGUGUGCUCUGGCCAGAACAUGGUACCCUAUGAUGGAAAGUGCGUCGAGCUGAAUCGCCACAACCGGAUUUGUAAGCGCGUUGGUCGUGUCUACUGGGUGAUUGGUGUUAAUGCGACCACACUAGAGCUGGGCUGUGUCCCACCGGAUGCUACCACGAUGCUGCACCGGGUCAACGGCGAAGAAGGCGAAGACGAAGAGCCGAUACAAUUCGAAGGAGCGAACCGCUGCUCAAAUGGAACACGCACCAAGUAUGAAGGGUUGUGUUAGUCCCCCCGGGUUGGGAGAAUUUGUUUGAGAAGUUUUAACUUCCCCUAGCGGUGGCAGUUUUUAGACAUGGUUUUGAAAUAAAACAAACAUACGAUAGGCAGAUAGCUGGUA